AUGCUGCUCGCCAGCCUCAUCCACUUCGCUCAAGCACAGUCGUUUGGUCAUUUAGAGCUGCACAAUGGUUUCACGGCGCUGAUCUCUUCGGAUGUCGAAGCACAAGUCUCUGUUGCAGUCAUUUGUACUGCGCCACCAACAGAAAGCAGCGAUAACGGCGAGUUCUGUACAGAAGUUGCUCCCCUGCAACUGGGACGAUUGAAGAGCUUGAUCAUUCUGCAGGAGUUUGUACAGUGCUACCGAGGUGACAUCGAGCGUCUUUCAGCGGAAAGUAUCGAGCAAGCCAAGCUCAAGGCAGAGGAGUACACCUUGACGAGCGCUCUGGGUGGAUUCCAAGAUGGUUGUGAUGGCACGUUGGACGAGUUCAUCGAUUUCCAGCGUGGCUUCAUCGAUCUCGUGAUGGAGACCACCGCUCGGGGCAUCACAAAUUCGAUCAUGUCGUGGAGUCACGAUGGUGCAUCUAUCAUGGCCCAGAGUUCUCUAGCUAUUCGACUGGCUCGCGGGUUUUUCAUGAAUGCCGAGACUGGAGAUGCAGUAUACUCGACAUGUCCUGGGCCAGACGGCAGCUUCUUUGGCCAGGACCUUGCUUCUCAAAAGCUUCAUCACCUUCACAAUAGCGCAAGGGUCCAACAGGUCGUGAAGCAUGUCGCCAAAGCACUACAUGAAAGUGCACCAAUUUUGAGCCAGCUCACCCAUGGCAGUUGCGGUACGCUUAGUACUGGUGCUGCUGUCGUCGUGAGAUUCAGGCACCUGUCCGGUCGAGACACGAGCGAACUCUUCAUCGCUCUCCGCAUGGUUCGAGUAAGUCGUAACUUGAUGUGGUUCUCCGGUUUAUACCUCGUUCUCAUCUUACCAUUGCCUGCGUUUGCAUUCGAUCUCAGACUGGGGAAUUCUCGACUGGUAUCGUCUUCUAUGGUGACAACGCACUCUUUCGCGGACGAGAAAGCGAUUUAUAUUCUUCAGGAAAACUCCGACAAGCUCUGGCAGCUCACCCAAGUGGUAAACGCAUGCUGA